ACGCCGAGCCGAGGCGGGCCCGCGCACCGGCCGGGCGCCCACCAUGCGGCGGCUGCGGCGUCUGGCGCACCUGGUGCUCUUCUGCCCCUUCUCCAAGGGCCUGCAGGGCCGGCUCCCAGGCUUCAGGGUCAAGUACGUCUUCCUUGUCUGGCUGGGCGUCUUUGCGGGCAGCUGGUUGGUGUACGUGCACUACUCAUCCUACGUGGAGCUCUGCCGCGGGCACGUCUGCCAGGUGGUCAUCUGUGACCAGUACCGCAAGGGCAUCAUCUCGGGCUCCAUCUGCCAGGACCUGUGCAACCUGCACAGGGUGGAGUGGAGGACCUGCCUCUCCUCCGUCCCCGGCCAGCAGGAUCCCUGUGGCCCCGUCCAGGUGUACAGCGGGCUCUGGCAGGGCAAGGAGGUGACCAUCAAGUGUGGCAUUGAGGAGAGCCUGAACUCCAAGGCCGGGUCGGAGGUGGCCCCCCAGCGGGAGCUGGUGCUGUUUGACAAGCCCACGCGGGGCACCUCGAUUAAGGAGUUCCGGGAGAUGACCCUUGGCUUUCUCAAGGCGAACCUGGGUGACCUGCCCUCGCUGCCAGCCCUGGUGGGGCAGGUCCUGCUCAUGGCAGACUUCAACCAGGACAGCAGGGUGUCGCUGGCCGAGGCCAAGUCGGUGUGGGCCCUGCUGCAGAGGAACGAGUUUCUGCUGCUGCUGUCACUGCAGGAGAAGGAGCACGCCUCCAGGCUGCUGGGCUACUGCGGGGACCUCUACGUCACCGAGGGCAUCCCGCACGGCUCCUGGCACAGCGCCGCGCUCCCGCCCCUGCUGCGCCCGCUGCUGCCGCCUGCCCUGCUCGGCGCCCUGCAGCAGUGGCUGGGGCCCGCGUGGCCGUGGCGGGCCAGGAUCGCCAUCGGCCUGCUGGAGUUCGUGGAGGAACUCUUCCACAGCUCCUACGGGACCUUCUACAUGUGCGAGACCACGCUGGCCAACGUGGGCUACACGGCCAAGUACGACUUCAAGAUGGCUGACCUGCAGCAGGUGGCGCCCGAGGCCGCCGUGCGCCGCUUCCUGCAGGGCCGCCACUGCGAGCACAGCUCGGACUGCACCUACGGGCACGACUGCAGGGCGCCCUGCGACCAGCUCAUGCGGCAGUGCAAGGGCGACCUCCUGCAGCCCAACCUCGCCAAGGUGUGCGAGCUGCUGCGGGACUACCUGCUGCCCGGCGCUCCCGCCGACCUGCGCGAGGAGCUGGGCAGGCAGCUGCGCACCUGCACCACGCUGAGCGGGCUGGCCAGCCAGGUGGAGGCGCACCACUCGCUGGUGCUGAGCCACCUCAAGACCCUGCUCUGGAAGAAGAUCUCCCACACCAAGUACUCCUGAGGGGCGGCCCCCCCGCCCCCCC